AUGCGUUAUCCUAUGAAUCAUUUGGGUACCAAGCUUGUAACAACGGAUGUCCCUCUUUUGAAAAGUGAAGGACAAGUUAAAGGGAGCGGUGCUUCAUUUGGCAAAAUUGCUUUCUCGCCAGAUGGCAAGCUUGUAGCUAUUGGUGACGCUAGUGGCCGCUUCACAAUUAGACGCACUUGGACUACGUGGGGACUCCUUAGGACAUAUGAGCUCGGGUCCAAAAUUCGGGACAUAUGUUGGCACCCCGUCCAGUCAGACACCUUGCUUAUCGGCUGUGGGUCAGGGAAUUUUUAUUGCCUAACAAUGGAAGAACAGGGUGAGAAAGUCAUUCGUCUAUGCUGA